AUAUUUAUAAAUUUUCAGCAUUCUCCAAAUAUUGAAGAAAAUUCAAACUUAAAUGAAGAAAACGAGAAAAUAGAAUUAACUUUUGAAAAAAUGAGAGGAAAAAAGCGACAUCUUAAAGUUGAAGAAGAGGAAGAAUUUGUUAAAGAUAAGGAAGAUACACCAAUAAAUAGCAAAGUUGACGAAGAACCUAUUGAAUCUCUUCAAAGGAAGGCUUUGAUUGCCCAGAUCUCUGCUUUUAAUGAAUUCAAAAACAGUGCACAAAUUGUUUGUAAUACUGCUAUGGAGCUACAAGAAUUAUUACCACAAUUGGCUGAAUUUUUAAACAAAGCUCUAAAUAAAUGA